AUGGCAUCUCAAACUGGUGACGGUUUGGCUUUCAUCAAUGGUGAUGAUGGGUUGCAAAUCAAUGGAGCUCUUUUAAUGUCAUUGAUGGAAGAGCCAGCAGCAAGUUGUGAGGGUGAUGAUGACCGAUUGGAUAGCUUGAUCAGGUCUUUUGAGGCUGAAAUAAGCGGAAGCAAGAUGGAGGAUCAUGAUGAUUCAGCAUCCUCCACAGGUUCAGAAAUGUUUAUGAGCAAUGAUAUGGAAGAGUGUGGCACUCAAUCAUGGAACAUGGGAGAGAUUGAAUGGGGUAAUUCAUCAAGUGAAUUUGGAGUGGGAUGGGUGGACAUGGAUUUGGUGCCAUCAUCCCCAUUUGAAGAUAAAAGUUGGUGUGUUGACCCUUGUGGAGAGGAGUACUAUGCCAUGGCAAACAACUACUUGGGAGAUCAUGGAUACAAUUCCUUGUGGCAAGACAUGGCUUGCAAUUAA